GAAGCAACGCCCAUGCCCGCGGGACCAUGGCGGCGUCCUCAGUUGUCCGAGCCAUUGGGAGCAAUCUCGCCCAGAAUCUCAAGGAAAUCCGGAUCCACCUUUGCCAGCACUCGGCGGCUAGUCAGGGGGCCCGAGAUUUCAUUGAACAGCACUAUGUCACUUUGAAGAAGGCAAAUCCAAACUUCCCCAUCUUGAUCAGAGAGUGCUCCAAUGUUCAUCCCAUGCUUUGGGCUAGAUAUGCUUUUGGCCUAGAGAAGAAUGUGUCGCUGAAUAACCUAAAUGUGGAGCAAGUUGCCAAAGCCUUGGAGAAUGCUGUUAAUAGCAAAAUAUAAAGAUAAUCCUGUGUCCUCGUUUGAUUCUAAAACAAUAGACUAUUUUUGUUUGCAGUUUCCAUGUAAUCAAUUGUGAUCUACAAAUAAAGUCAUGUACAAAGUA